AGAGAGAGGGAGGAGAUACGAGACGCUCAGUUCACCAGUAGAUGGAAGGAGAGACAGAUGUGCUUGUGAGAGAGAGACAGAUCAUAAACACAGACAAGAGAAAAUCACACAGAAGGACGUAAGAAAGAAGAACAGAGACACACGGAAGAGUCUGAUCUCACACGGGAAUAUAGGAGAAACAGAACGAGUGAACGAGAGAGAGAUGAAGAGAUGAAGAACAGUCCGUUCACCUACAAAACACUCUGUGAUGAAGUCAGGUAAACAACGAAUUUGGAGACAAAGUGACACUGGAUCAACACCUAGACGGAUGUAAAAAAUGGAUUUCUGACCAAUGCAAUUAUUUCUAUUGCUGUGGAAUACAAUUUUCCAAAACACACAGAGGAAUAAUCAUCUUUGUUUUAGAUAGUAUGCUUACAAACAAAGGCCACACCUCCUACAGUUCCUCCUCAGGGGGCUGAGCCAAUCAUCAGAGGUCAUGGGCCGAAGGGCAGCUGACACGUCCAAUGCGGUGCCGGCACUAGAAGUGCCUCUAGCUGGUGGGCGGGCCGUCCUGUCUCAAAAAUGGGGCCCUUUGUGCAGUGUUGGCGUCCAAACGUCGCCGGGCCUCCGCUCACUUCCGUCAUUGAAGAAGAAGACUCAAACGGUCAGUACAGCCAACGGACCAACUGCCGAAACCAUGUCGCUGGAUCGGGCGAGGCGUUGUGAAGUUAACGGAAGGCACGUUGUCAAGGCGGCGUCCAGGAACCAUGUAGCACAGGACAGGACGUCCCAGGAGAGCGAGGUGUACAGUCAAAUCAAAGCCAAUCCAAACCAAUCCGGGCCAAGAGGGAGUUUAAAAAGAACCCCCCGGUAUGUUAACGGAAGUAUUGUUGCUCCUGAGGUGGUGGGUGGAGUUUGCAGCGAAGGGGCGGAGUCAGAGGAAGCGAGACGGCAGAGUCAAACAAUGACACGUGAAUGUAGGCGGGGUCAGUCGCUGAAAGGGGAGGCAUCCAGGCCGGCCGCCAGCUCGUACACCACGCCCCCUCGCCCAUGUCGCAUGAUGACAUCAUCACCCAGACUGUGCGCCAGCUGUGGGCGGAGGCAGUCUCAAGCACCACCCUGCAUGGCACCUGCUUGUCGCAAACGAGCAGCCAGUCAGGUUCAAGCGAGCAUGACGCUUCCGACGCCGCCGAGGAAAAGCUGUUCGCCUCGAUUGCAGAAACAAAACUCCACGGUUGCACAGCCAACGUACGCGCAAAUUCCCAAUCACACAACGCCAAACGCAUGCUCCACCCCCGUACAAUCCAACAAAAAAGAUGCAAAAACUGAAGAAUUUACGCAGUCUGAAAAGCCCAAAAACGACUUGACGACGCACAAAACGCAACAUACGCAAACACGAGUCAAAACAGAAUCAACCGCACAACACGCAUCGCAAGACACAAAGGACAAGUGUGCGAACACGCAAACGCACAAAUCCGCCACGUCUAAACCGAUUGGCUGUGAGUCCCAAACCACACCCACUCCUCCACCCAAGCAAGACUUGAAAUCAAUACAAGUCAAAUGUAAACCAGCACCUCCAGAGCUUCUGAUUGGCUCAGCGACCGGGCCUAAUCCACAACCCCCACCCCCCCCUCCACCAGAACUUAAAACUGAUACGGAAACGGACUCUAAAGACACUCAUCCACCUCCAACAGACGAUAUCCCACAAUGCAACGGUGCACCUGGCGUUCUACACGGACUGCUGCAGAAUGUAGAAGAAAACCUGCUGUAUAAUCAGGAAAAGAUCAAAGUCCUUCUCAAUGUCAUUCAGGACCUGGAGAGGAACAAAGCAAUGAGUGAAGGGCGUUGUUCUUACAGAACAGGUCAGGACAUCAACAACUGCUCAACCUGCCAGAAAACAGCCUGCAUCAUAUACAGGUAAACAUCACCACAGCAGUCCACUUAUGUCUAUCAUGUCGUAUGUUUGCCAUUUAUGUCCUUUUUCCUCCAUGUCUAAGCCUUACAAUUAAACAGGCUGAUUUUGCUACUGUACUAUAUGCAAAUGACCUCUGUUGUGAAUGGCUAACCUUCACAUUAACAAUGAAAACGGUACCAUAAAGUAGUCAGAAGUGGUGCACACAUGAAAACACAUUAAUUGCAUGAUUUUUAUCAACAUCAAGCAUUUCACACUAAUCAAAGCCCAGCAACAACCACAUGCAAACAUGCCAAAUUGGAGCCUUUUUUAAUUUUGUGAUUUUUUUUUGGAGUGGUGUUUUUGCUGUUAUGUCGGUUAGAGGCUGACAAAACCUCACUUUACACUGUGACUCUUCAGACUUUCAGCAACAGCACUCAACACUGCACAGAGUGCAUUAGCAGGUGUCACACAGGACACACUGUGCUAAAAACAGGUCGACGGUGACUAAAUAGAGCAGAACACAGGAGUCUAAAAGCCAUGUUAAAAAUGCAACACUCAUGCAGAGAGAUGAGACAUCCAU